AUGGCCCGCGUCGCUAGCAUCUCGAUUUGGCUGGCGCCACUCUGCUGCUGCCUCGCUGGCGUCGCCUACGCCACGUGCCCUGCGCCCAAUGACACGGCGACGUGGAUGGCGCAUCCGUCGACGGACCAGCGGUUCACGCCCCGCGACGGCCAUGCCAGCACUGUCUUUCAAGGAAAGCUCUGGGUCAUUGGCGGGCAGUCGGCACCGUACACGACGCGACGCUUGAUUCGUACAACGCGGCGGUCGGACAUUUGGACGUCGGUGGACGGCGACGUGUGGUCGCAGGUCAUUGACGAGUCGCCCUUUCCUCGCCGGUUUGGCCACUCGCUCACUGUCUUUCCCGAGCCGUCGCUGAGUGGCCAGCCGAUUCUCGUGCUCCUCGGCGGCUACGUGCCGACGCCAGCCAACGACAUUUGGUACUCGCUCGACGGCGUCGCGUGGUCCCAAGUCAGCUACAACGUGCCAUGGUCGCCUCGCGGGUGGCACUGCGCAAUUACCCUCAAUAGCCUCUUCUAUGUCAUGGGCGGGAGCCCGCUCAAUAACGACGUGUGGUACACGAGCUCCGUGGUUGGCGGCAACUGGAAGAAGCUACCGAGUGUGCCAUGGAGCCCUCGCGCGGGCCACGCCUGCGUGACGCACUCGAUUCGGAAUGCAACGCUCGGCGACGAGUCCGCCCAAGACGUCGGUGUUCUUCUCGGUGGCUGGGGCGCCGACACGGAGAUGCUCAACGACGUCUACCGCAUCGACAUUUCGCAGACGUGGGUGCAAGCAACGCCAGCCGCGGAAUGGCCCGUCCGUGCCUUCACGUCGCUGAUCUCGCUCCACGCCAGCACACCGUCCGACUACCUCUUUGGCCCGCGACUUUGGCUCCUGGGAGGCGGCCGCAUUGGCCACGGCAUCUGGCCCAUGCACACGUACUCGGACGUAUGGCAGAGCCGCGACGGGGUCACAUGGCUUCCGAUCAGCUCGGAUGCGCUCGGCCAGUCGACAGCUGGCUGGUGUCAAGUGCUUAUCGAUGGCGCGUACACGUGCCUCGGCAAGUGGGGCCACACGGCUCUGGUGACGAGCCGCAACGUUCCAAACGUCAACGUCUGCGGCUUCAACUGCCGGUCCGAGUCGAACGCCACCAACCUCAACGGCAGCGUGAUUCCGCAGUGUGAUCCCAAGUCGACGCCGUCCGGCGCUACGGUCUCGACGACCAUCGUCAACGGCAUCUACCACAUGAGCUCGUCGUUCGCCGACGGCUGCGGCGUCUGCACAACCGCGCGGUACUACCCAGUGACGACGCUACCGACGAUCGUCGUCCUCGGCGGGUCCACGGGCGGCGACAAGGUGGCCGACGUCUUCCGCUCCACCGACUUUUUUUUGUGCGAAAAGAACGGGCAGGUGUGCAGCAACCAAGGCUCGUGCGUCACGGGCGGCGUCUGCAUGUGCGACCCGCUCUGGGGCGGCGAGUACUGCGACCAGCUCCUUCCGCCCAGUGCAGGGAACUACCAUUCGCUUUCGGUUCUACUCGUCGCAGCCGUGUGCACCAUCUCGAUGGGCAUGUCGUAGACCAUGCGAACCAAGGUUGUUUAUUCCCUUGACGUAAAGAG